CACAGCAACUCUCACAGCCAGUCCAAGAAGCCAAUAGAAAAAAGCAAGAGCAAGGGUCCAGGAGGAGAUUUGCAUGGCACCCUCUCCCCGGACGCAGAGAGGUCCAGGUUUACAGACGUCACUGGUCGAGGAUCUUUGUUUUCUCUCCACCUCUCGGUGGAGGAAUACAAGUUUAUCAUCCAGCCAGGGACGGGACGGUCUCCUUUGUCGCUCCUCUCCUCCAUCUGUCGGACUUGUACUGGGCUAUUUCUCCUGUAUGGUGGAUAUCCUGCUCAAUACUUCUUUCUUGGAUGAUAUGGGGGAUCAUUCAAAAAAGAAGUCGGGAAUCGCAAUGUGUGUGGGCUGUGGAAGUCAGAUACACGACCAGUACAUCCUGAGAGUCGCCCCGGACCUGGAGUGGCAUGCAGCCUGCCUCAAGUGUGCAGAGUGCAGCCAGUACCUGGACGAGACCUGCACUUGCUUCGUCCGAGACGGAAAGACUUACUGUAAAAGAGACUAUGCAAGGUUAUUUGGCAUCAAAUGUGCAAAGUGUAACAUGGGCUUCUGCAGCAGCGACCUGGUGAUGAGAGCCCGGGACAAUGUGUAUCAUAUGGAGUGUUUUCGGUGCUCGGUGUGCAGUCGACACCUCUUGCCGGGGGACGAGUUCUCCCUGCGGGACGAAGAGCUGCUGUGCCGGGCUGAUCACGGUUUGCUGGUGGAGCGGGCCUCUGCAGGGAGCCCGCUCAGCCCGGGGAACAUUCACACCAGACCGCUGCACAUCUCAGACCCGGUUUCCGUCCGGCACCCUCCUCAUCACCGGAACCACGUUCACAAGCAGUCCGAGAAGACCACCCGAGUCCGGACGGUGCUGAACGAGAAGCAGCUCCACACCCUGCGGACCUGCUACAACGCCAACCCGAGGCCGGACGCUCUGAUGAAGGAGCAGCUGGUGGAGAUGACCGGCCUCAGCCCCAGGGUCAUUCGCGUCUGGUUCCAGAACAAGCGCUGCAAAGACAAGAAGAAGUCCAUCCUGAUGAAGCAGCUUCAGCAGCAGCAACACAGCGAUAAAACCAAUCUGCAGGGCCUGACAGGCACACCUCUGGUGGCAGGGAGUCCUAUCCGGCACGACAACACCGUGCAGGGGAAUCCUGUGGAGGUGCAAACCUACCAGCCACCCUGGAAAACCCUCAGCGACUUCGCCCUGCAGAGCGACCUGGACCAGCCGGCCUUCCAACAACUGGUGUCUUUCUCUGAGUCCGGCUCUCUGGGCAACUCCUCGGGCAGCGAUGUGACCUCUCUGUCGUCGCAGUUACCGGACACACCGAACAGUAUGGUGCCGAGUCCUGUGGACACGUGAGGAGGUCAGAGAGCCGCGAAGACCUCAGUAACUUUCAAUCAAGAAAAAAAAAGAAAAGAAAACGCAUAAAGGACCAGGAUGGAUUAUGUUCGAGGAUACAUUCAGCGGCCCCCCUCCCCGACUGGAGGAUUGGAGGUGUGACUGUACCCUUUACGUCUGUCUUGCUCAAGGACACUUCGGCAGGACACACAGCUGCUGAGGGACAUUAUGCUCUAGGGGCUUCUCUUUUAUGGGACACCUCACCUUCAAACAUGAUGCCAAUGCCCGAACUGGACAGAUAUCGAGGGGAAUAUGUUUCAAACAACGUCAGCCUGUACUGGACGUCUGAACUGUAACACUUCCCAGUAUGUUUAUCAGGAAAAUACAAACUGUGUAGAUGUGCAUGAUUUCUAAGUUUCAAUAUCGACUCUUGUAAAUUAAUGAAACAGAUGAGAGAGAUGCGCACUGUUCGCGCUCUUCUCCAGAAAAUAAGUUAUUACUAUUUAUUACGAGGACAGACA